AUGGCUUCUCGAAUCUUCUCACGUGCUCUAAUUUUCUUCUUUUCACUCAUCUCCGCCUCUUUUGCGGCCCAUGGCGGCGGAGGGGCGGCGACGGUGGAACUGUGGUGCGUGGCCAAGAAUAACGCUGAGGAUGCGGCCCUGCAAUCAGCAUUGGACUGGGCAUGUGGGCCCGGAGGAGCGGAUUGUGGACUCAUUCAGAAUAAUGGGCCCUGCUACGACUCGUCGGACAUCCAGCGCACGGCGUCGUAUGCCUUCAAUGACUACUUUCUCAAGCAUGGCCUUACAGAGGAUAGCUGCAAUUUUAGUAACACUGCCGCUCUCACUUCUCUUAACCCUAGUCACAGCAAUUGCAAAUUUCCAUCAAGCUUAAGCACAAGUAACGUGGGCAUUACAGGGUCGGUGACUGCAGGGCAAGCUAAUGGAGAUCUGACUAGCAGUCAUUCUAAUAUUAACAGAUUGCAUCGAGGAUUAUUCACACUUCCUUUAUUAUUUGGGAUCAUAUUAAUUUUCUGA